UGUGACUUGAUCUCCGCUCGUGUUUUUCUCAAGUUUGUUUGUAAAUAGAGGGAAAAAAGAUCACAGCCAGUUAUUCAUGUCUCGAAAUCGCCCUUCGCACGAUUCGUUCGAGCUGGCGUCUCUCGUCUCGACCGAGCAGGAAGAGGACGCCGGCUCGGUCUCUAGCAGAUCUGUCCGCUCAGAACUACACUCGCAGCAUCUCUCGUUCGAUUCACUGCCCCGUCCUUCGUUCGGAGGACUAUCUGCUGCUGGAUCGAUGGUUUUUGACUAUGGUGCUCACUUGUUUCCUUUGCAGGCUUCGGCUGAUAGAGACGGCGCGGUACCACUCGAAAAACAAAAGCGAUUAGGUGUUGUCAACGGACUUGGUCUAGUGAUUGGCUUGCAGAUUGGCUCCGGCAUCUUUUCAUCACCGUCUGAAGUCAACGCCCACGCCGGCUCACCGGGCACUGCACUUCUAGUCUGGCUCGUGGCAGGUCUGCUUGCCUGGACCGGUGCAGCCUCCUACGCCGAGCUCGGUACCGCUAUACCACUGAACGGCGGAGCACAAGCAUAUCUUCACCACAUAUUUGGCCCCCUUCCUGCCUUCCUAUUCGCUUGGACCGCAGUCACGAUUUUGAAGCCCGGAAGUACUGCCAUCAUCGCGAUCGUGUUUGCGGAAUACCUCGGCAGACUUGUAUUUCACGAUGAAAAUGACGGCGACACUACAGAAAACGAAGGGGAAGGCCACUUCUCGCCUGCAUGGUUUAACAAGUCGGUUGCGGCCGGCGCGAUCGUCGUCGUGACGCUAAUCAACGUCCUCAGCACGAAACUUGGCACCCGAACCGGCGACAUCUUUCUGUUCUUGAAGAUAGCGUCACUGCUAGCGAUCACUUUUAUUGGUAUAGUUGUUGCAAUUACGGGAAAUGGUGCUGGAAACUUUUCGCAAGGCUGGUUUUACGGAGCGUCAAGCUCACUAGGCGACUAUGCCCUCGCUCUCUACGCUGGCUUAUGGGCUUUCGACGGCUGGGAUAACCUCAAUUACGUCGCGGCAGAAAUGAAAGACGCCAGUCGCGAUCUACCGAAAGUCAUACAUUUUGCGAUGCCGACCGUGAUUGUGUGCUAUAUAGCUGCCAAUUAUGCAUACUACGUCGUCUUGCCAAAGUCAGAUCUCACCAGCUCGAGCACAGUCGCUCUUGCCUUUGGAGAUCAUGUUUUUGGAAGGUUAGGCGCUAUCAUCUUUACUAUUGCCGUGGCAUUAUCUUGUUUUGGCGCGUUGAAUGCGAUCUCGUUUACCUCUGCGAGAUUGGUAUACGUCUCCGGAAAGGACGGUUUCCUUCCGACGAUGUUUGGUCGUAUCAACAAAAAGACAGAGACACCAAUUAACGCCUUGCUUUUGCAAGCAGGCCUGACUAUUGGAUUUGUGUUGGUGGGCGAGUUUGGAUCUCUGAUCACAUUCUACGGAAUUGCCGGGUACAUAUUUUAUUUCCUGACAGUCCUGGGAGUCAUCGUCCUACGCAUCCGUCAACCGGAACUCGAGCGGCCUUACAAAACUUUCAUCACCACUCCAAUCAUGUUUUGCUGCGUUGCUCUCUUUCUCAUCUCUCGCGGCAUUUUUUCGGCACCUCUACAAGCCUUAUUUACUGCCCUUUUUGUGAUUGCCGGUAUACCAAUCUAUUACUGGAGAGCCGGCGGUGGAAUGCAUGAAAUGCCGAUUUUUGGAAGACUGUUUAGGCCUCGCACAAACACGGAGAGGACGACAGGUUACAUAGGUGGGGAGCUCCAAUAAGUUCCUGUUUGCGAGUUUUGGUGUUUUGGGUUGAUGUACUGGUAGUCGCGUUCAUCCAUUUGCAUUUUAGACAGUGAGAUCUGCCAGCACAGUAUCUAUGACAGUAACCUCUCUGCAUUUUGCGAUUGUACUGGAUUGAAGGAUUGGGUUUUGGAGGAAAUGGGUUUCGGCAUAUAGGAAAGGAAAACAUUCUGCGAAUCGGCGGGAAUUAGAGUGUAAAUAUGAUUUUUGGAGUAUUACUGCGACAUUUAUCGCUGAAUUUUGUGAACUCUCAUAGUUUGGCAUAAGAGUGUAUGGAAAAUGAU